GCGAGGGCGGUGCCAAGUCGGAGGAAAUCGUGUCGUGAACUGACCGGCUCCUGAGAAAACCGAAGAGGAUCUCACCGGUAGUUGCAUCUUCUACAUCAGCGCGGUUGCUUUUCACACCGACAAGCCCCUGGUUUAGCUAGCUCAUUUGCUAACCAACGUUAGCCGUUUAUACCAACCAGCUCAUAAAACAACUGUUAGCUAUUUUUUUUUAUGUCCCGAAUUCCAGAAAUAUCUGUUAAUAAUUCGAAACGAAAAAUUAACCACAUUAUGGAGACUGAGAUACACGUGCCUGUUGGGUCGCCGGUAAUUCGAAAAUUCCCGAUUUUCGUGGAGGAAAAUAAUGUAACGGAUGGAGCAAUGAAGCUGAUAAAGCAGCUUCGGCCAGCGUGGGACAUGAACCAUGUCAAGACCAAGCUCUUCACUGAUGGGACCACUAAUAAGCUGGUUGGUUGUUAUGUGGAGGCGAGUCCAGAAGACGUUGUUCUGGUACGUGUGUAUGGGAACAAGACGGAGCUGAUCGUCGACCGAGACAACGAGCUCAAGAGCUUCCAGGUGCUGCAUGCUAACGGCUGCGCUCCGCGGCUCUACUGCACCUUCCAGAAUGGCCUUUGCUACGAGUUCAUGCAGGGGGACGCCCUCGGAACACAGGAUGUGAGGGAUCCUACCAUACUCAGACUGAUAUCCAGGGAGAUGGCUCAUAUCCAUGCGAUCCAUGCACACAACGGCUGCAUCCCCAAACCCAAUCUGUGGAUCAAGAUGAGAAAAUAUUUCUCUCUGGUCGCUACCGAGUUCACCGAUCAAGCCUCCAACACCAGGAUCCAGCAGGAGGUGCCCAGCCAGGCGGUGUUGGAGCAGGAGAUGGUGUGGAUGAAGGAGCACUUGUCAAAGCUGGGCUCUCCUGUGGUGCUCUGUCACAACGACCUGCUCUGCAAGAACAUCAUCCACAACAGCAAAGAGGGCCAUGUCCGGUUCAUAGACUAUGAAUACUCUAGUUACAACUAUCAGGCCUUUGACAUCGGGAACCACUUCAACGAGUUUGCAGGUAUGAGUGAGCUGGACUAUGGGCUGUAUCCUAGCCGUGAGAUGCAGCUGGAGUGGCUGCGUGUGUAUCUGCACGCGUACAAGGCGUCCACUAAGAAAGGAGAGGAGGUCAGCGACAGAGAGCUCGAGACUCUCUAUGUACAGGUCAACAAGUUUGCCCUGGCGUCACACUUCUUCUGGGGCUUCUGGGCACUCAUCCAAGCCAAGUACUCCUCCAUAAAUUUUGACUUCCUGGGCUAUGCUGUGCUGCGUUUCAACCAAUACUUCAAGACCAAGCCUGCAGCGAUGGCCCUACAGAUCCCAGAAUGAGAGGGGAAUACAAGAGAAGAGAGGUACCCCAUCACCGGCACUGACCAGCGGAGCAGACACACUUUGAGCAGGAGAGGACUGGGAUGGGGGACAAGGGUUGGGGUUCAUGUUUAGGGCUGAGUAUGUGGUUAAGGCAGCGGUGUCAAACUCAUUCCAUUGAGAGCCUAGUGUAUGCUGGUUUUGGUUUUUCCUUUCAAUAAAGCCCUAGACAACCAGGUGUGGGAAGUUCUUUACUAAUUAGUGACCUUUAUUCAUCAAUUAAGUACAACGGAACAGCGAAAACCUACAGACACUUGGCCCUCCGUGGAAUGAGUUUGACACUUGUGGGUAAUAACAUUAAGGGGACAGAGUGUGGAUGGACCCCAACAUAAAACACUAUUAUUCCUAUUCAACUCAGUCCACCUGUCUCACCACUCAAGGUCCUAAUCCGCCACGGUUGGUGUGUUUUCAUUUUUUAUAUUUGAUUUAUUCUGUGAAGAAUUGAUUGAUCCAGUGAGAUUCAUUCCCCAGACACAGGUAGCUGGAACACUAGUUUUUGGUGCCGACAUGGAGGACAGUGUGCAGACAGUUAUGUAUAUGUGGGUUCUGGGUUUACUCUUUGGCUGUCGCUGCUCAAAGCGUGUGCUGUGGGACAGAGGAGGCAGUCAUCGUCAACCCCCUAGCCCUUAGCUUUGGCACUGAUCUAAGAGGAUUUCUUUUUUGAUUUGGUAAUGGAGCCACCUUGAAAUUAUUGUAUAUGGUAUACAUCAAACUUUACAAAAAAGGUCCCGCAAAUUGAGUGAACAGUAACUUUAAGUCCAUUCUCUCAGAUCUACACAAAGUGCCUAGGGGCUAGGGGUUGAUUUAGUACUGGCAAGUAGUUGGUUUUCAGUAAAGGGACCAUAAAUGUGAUGGGAAGAGAGGGGCUAGCCACAGGACAGGACAGUGAUUUGGUAGUUUAAUAAUGUCUGACGGCAGAGCAUCUUCAGUGGCCAGGAGCAGCUUCUGCGUCACUGAUGCUAAACUUUAAACCAGGGCUCUGUUCUCCCUCUUAGCCUCUUUUCCACCACUUUAGCUUUUAUGGUUAUGGUGACUUGCUUUGUUAGACUUUCCACUCCUCACAGACCAUUCGGAAAAUCCCAACCUCAAUCACCCCUGUCACACCCCUUCCCCUUACCCCCUCUUUACCCCUCUUCCUCCCCUUUCUCGCUCCUCCUUCUGCCCUAUAUCGCUUCCUCCUCUCCCCUCUCUUGAUUGGCUGGGAAGGGACUUUUGCCUGAUGUGCACAUACUUACUAUAACAUCCCAACCUCUCCCCACCCCCUAUCAAGUUACAACGUCCCUAAAAAGGAGCCAAAACCUUAUAUAUAAACCUCAUUACUGAAACUAUGUGUUAGGUCAGGGCAACUCAAGGCUUCAAAGGGUCUGGGACCACUAAUCCUGGGCUGGUGUUUUUGUUCUGAAGCUUGUCUAUGAGAAUGUGAGUGAGGUGACCAAGGACAAGACAGCAGGAAGUCCACACUAAGCCAGCAGUCACUUCUUUAGCUGGCAUCACGGCACACAGGUCUUUGGACCAAAUAACUCCAACACCCUUCCUUACCCCAGGCAGCAAGCCCCUCCAGACUACUUCUGACCUCCAUCCAGGCAUUCAGCUCUAGUUCAGUUUUCUCUAUCUGAAUUUUUUGCAAUUCAGUGCUUGUAAGGGUCACCUUAGGUUGGCUCUUUCCUCUCCAACAAGCCCUCUCAGAUCAGAGGGUCAACAUAAAAAAUGGAGAUACGGGUAACUGCCAAAAUAAUGGAAACGCUUGCGUAAAUGCAGCAUAUAUUGAAAGCAUAUGCUUCCACACAGGUGUGGCUCCUGAGUUAAUUAAGCAAUUAACAUUCCAUUAUGCUUAGGUUAAUGCAUAAAAAUGGUGGGUAAAGACAUUUUGGCCACAUGGCUAUGCCCCCAUAGGUUGACAAUUCCCCCAUCCACAGGUCACAAGUGGUCACUGAAUGAGCAUGAAAACAAUGUAAACCAUAUGCCAUGGCUGUUUGUCACCAGAUCUCAACACAA